AACAUCACUGGUCUAAACUGCGACUACAUCGAGGACCUUGAGACACCAGAAUGUGAAGUUACCCCACAGAUGGUUUCUUUCUGGGAGAUGAUGGGAGUUCAUCGGGAAGCUGGGCCAAGUACUGAUCAGAUAAUAGCAGCACUGAAGAGAUGCGGGGAUUGGUCGGGAAGAUCGCAAGCGACUCGCGUACCUUUCCAUCUUCACUGGAUUCAUUGAAGGGAAAAAGUUCUCAAGCGCUACACGAGCUACUCUCGCAAGGCUAGUGAUGGAUUUAGAAAGGUUUGAGAAUUAUCCAUGGGGGAGAGUCGCGUUUAAGGUGCUGAUGGACUCUUUGUGGAACAAAGAUAUUACUGGCUGUUACACCGUGGAUGGGUUUAUACAAGUUCUUCAGGUCUGGGCGUACACAGCUAUUCCGGGGUUGGGUGCUAGUAUUGGUCUACCCAGAGCAAACAGUCCGUCUCCACCGAUUCUGGCUUACGACGGCAGCAGAGGCCGCAGAUUCAUGAAAGCUGCUAUCUUGAGUCAGACCCGCGUGAUCAACUUUGUUGAGAAGGACAUUAGUGAAAUGUGGCCAAAAUGGGACUCUGAGGUUGAUGACGUGCCCGCGGAGAACAUCAUUAAAGUCAUGUAUGAUCGGAGACCGUGGAAGUGGACCAUGGAUUGCUGGGAAGUCACUGGUACAAAACCCAAGUUUGUGACUCCAUCGAAAAGAGCCAAAGAGAUGGUUGUGGAGGAGGUGGAGGAAGACAAUCAGAGACCUCGGAAGAAAGCUCGUAAAGAGGCUCCUAAAGAGGCUCCUAAAGAGGCUAGAGAAGAGGCUCCUACAGAGGCUAGAGAAGAGGCUACAGAAGAGGCUAGAGAAGAGGCUAGUUGGGUGACCAGAGAGGAGUUAGAAAAAAUAGUUCAAGGGCUUAGGUGACAUGAUGAAAGAGUGGGUUUAAGAAGUGCAUCAGGGAGAUUAGGAAGAUCUCCGAUAGAUUGGAAGCUGUGGAGAAGAAGGUUGGUGUCACCAAUCAGGCUACCCCUCAAGCCCCAGAAACCGGGGUUAGUAACAAACAGCCUACCCCACAAGCCCCAGAAACCGGGGUUAGUAACAAACAGACUACUCCUCAAAAGGAUCAGCCUACACUUCAAACCAAUCAUCCUACUCCUCCCACCAGACAGCCUGCUCC